AGUUGACACAAGACGGAUUUACAACAGGGUCUAGGACUUGCCGGAGUCGUUGCAAAGCAUCUCCUGCAGUCAGUGAUGAAUAGUUCUUGUUGCUUGUUCUAUUUUCACCCAUUUUUGAGUCAGAAACAAACACAAAGGUCAAGAAGGCCAAUAUCAUGGUUGUCUAGAGAGAGGUCCUGCCGCCGUCUGGUUUCGCUUUUGUGCUGCUCUUUGCAUUUCGACGUGCUCUGACCUCGCUGUGGCGCUGUCUUUUUUCUGCUUGGAAGCCUGCGCCAACUUGCACGAUUCAGGAGCCAGCAAAAAAGCAAGAAUAAGAGCCCCAUGUUGGCGCAAGAAGGCCACCAAGCCGGCGACCGCCCGACGGCCGCCACCGCCAGCCGACCUGUAUCCAAUCUUCAGAAGAUUCCGUCAUGUCAGGACAAUCUGCCAAGCGCAGCGCCAGGGUCUCCUUGCGCGCUCGGACAAAAGAACCAAACUACCACCAUUACGCCCGGCAACAUGACGACCAACAGUCGCGAUAAUGUUUCGAGCUCCGCCUGCAGUUCGACCUGUAGCUGUCGGCGCUGGGGCAGGAGGCCGGGGGAGAAACAAAGUUCCGAGCUAACAAAAUCUGAAACCGACGACGAAGGCCCGGUAGUUUUUCCAGGCAGCCGGAUGUACAUCCCAGUGGGCAGCACGACUGAGAGCGGGCCAGAUCGGGAGGGACAGAGCAGAAGUGAGAAAGCUUUAUCGAGAUCGAGUCCGCAUGAUGAAAGAACCUACCGCUGCACCGGAGCGAGCCGGUCUGCGAGCUCUCCUGCAGUUUCGUCCGCUCUCUGUCUGCGAGGUGCAUGUGAAGAAGAAAUGCUAGCCCGGAAGAAAGUUUGUCCCGCGGCCGAUGAACAAGCAUCUGAGGGGCCAGCGGUCGCAGUAGUGGCACCUGAAGGAGCACCGGGCGUGGUGGUGCAUGCGCUUGCAAUUACAUCCUCACUGAACACCAGGCGGAGAACGACCGCGACAAGGGAGAGCUCCCGCAGAGAGCAUAGCAGAAAAGCAAGUUUGUUUCGUAUACAGGAGAAGGAGAACAAGACAACUACGAGGCAAAAUACAAGCACCGAGCUGCUGUGCCAGAAAUACAGGGCGAUGGUACAAGACAGUGCCACGACACGAAAGGGACGCUGCAGGAAGUUGGAAAUCGAAGCGGUCAACAGGAAUGCCAGCCGAAUAUGCAAGACUGCAAAGAUCGGGGGUGAUCUUACUAGCCUACAGUCCCCAGAGAAGGCUAAGACCACGAGAAUCUACGGGGCCGCGCGCAAAAGUCAGGCUAUUGCCUCAUCAAAGUCGAAAACAUCAAUCUUCUCGAUGCUGAAGAGCCUUCCGCUUUUGUUUUUCAGCCUGUUCCUACACACAACCACUCCCGUGGUCUUUGCCGUGCCUUCACCAGAGUGGUAUUUGCCCGGCGUCACGCCCGUGCAGUACCAGCAGGGGCAGCAAGUUCCGCUCUUUGUCAACAAGCUGACCAGCGUGAAAACACAGCUUCCCUACCGCUACUACACCCUGCCAUACUGUAUUUUUUUCGUCUUGGUCACUUUUCGUUUUUCGGUGACACUGACGUCAGCGUGACACAAGCUUUUUCUUCAUAUAACAACAUGAACAUCGUCCCGCAAGCCACAACUCCACCCCUCAACAUAUUUACACAACAGGUUCCCCCGACAAGCUCCGCGAAUCUCGCGGAAACCUGGGCGCCUCGUUGAUGGGGGAUGUGGUGGAAAAUUCACCGUAUGAGGUUCGCAUGCUGGAGAAUACCAACUGCAAGAACCUGUGCCAAAAACCGCUCACCUCGGAGGACAAAAAACUUUUCAAGUUAAUGAUCGACGAAGAUUACCAAGUCAACUGGAUUCUGGAUAAUCUACCAGGUACGAAUGAAACUUUUGGUAAAAUAGAGUAGAACAUCUUCCUCGGAUAUAGCAGCUGGCUGAAGUUGUAGUACGCAGUCGAAAAUAAUGCCAAUGCAUCUUGCCCCUUGUCCUUGCCUGGCUCAAUAUUAAGGUUGUUAUCCUGGCGCAACUUUAUGCUCAUUCGGAAAAGGUACCACAAAGUACGCGCGGAAAAAUGCUGGAAAGGAAGACUACACCUACAUGGUUGGAUUUCCCGUCGGGCUUGAGCAGCGCGGACGCUAUUUCCUGCACAAUCACGCAAAGAUCAUCAUUCAGUAUUGCCGUUUUCGUUUUCCAUAAACUGGCGCAAAAUGUGUCAAUGAUGAGAUUGUGAUUCAGAAUGAAUCUAUCGAAAUAGUCCACCACAAACUGCAGAUACCACUCCUCUCCCACGGAGUUUGCGGGCUUCCGCAUCGUCGGUUUCGAGAUCGAGCCGCAUUCGCUGACCAACCAGCAGACGGACCAGUGCCACGAGGGCGAGACCUCCCCGGUUUUUGACCUCGACGCGCAGGACUCCGUCACUUUCACGUAUGACGUUUUGUGGAAAUUUUCGGAAGACGAGUGGUCGGGCCGUUGGGAGCGGUACAUGAAGGGCGCGAAGGGAAAGAUCCACUGGUUCAGUAUUCUGAACAGCGUCAUGAUCGUGCUGUUCUUGAGCUCCAUGGUGGCCAUGAUUUUGUUGAGAACCUUGCACCGGGACAUCUCGCGCUACAACGAAAUUGCGACCAGCGAGGACAGUGCGGAGGAAACAGGUAGGAAAAGUCUUGCGAAAUGAAAUUUGUUAUAGGCGGCCAAUGAAGCGCUUCUUCUGAAAUGCGUAGCAGGGCAUUGUUCCAGCUCGUAGAAAUUUGAUCAACAAUGAAUUGUGAAAGGACAAGAAACUCACAAAACAGGCUGGAAGCUGGUGCACGGCGACGUUUUCCGCAAGCCGGUGCACAGCAAGCUCCUCGCAGUUUCCGUCGGCAGCGGUGUGCAGAUCCUCGGGAUGAGCAUGGUGAUCCUCGUUUUCGCCUGUCUCGGCUUGCUCUCGCCCCAGUACCAGGGCUAUCUGCUGCAGUCCAUGCUGCUCCUCUUCGUCUUCAUGGGAUCUUUUGCAGGGUAUAGAAAUCGAUUUAGAACUUCUACAUAAAACAAAAACUGUCGCGGUCCUACAAUGGAUGCAUUCUCGAAGUAUAAUUUGUCUCCUUGUUGCGCACCACUGCGACGUGCGAGCAAUAACAUCUCAAAAACAAACUGCUCCUGAUGCAGCUCGGACCAUUCAUUGUUGCAGGUACUACUCCGCCCGGCUUUACAAGAUGUUCAACGGACAGGACUGGAAAGCCACGACAUUGUUAACGGCCUUCUGGUUCCCGGGUGUGGCAUUCACUGUGUUUUUCGUCAUUAAUCUCUUCAUUUGGUAUAUGGAGAGAAAAAAGUUUGUCACAGUCACUAACUUGGAGGUUUUGCAUUACAUCACAGCUUUUCCUUGUAUUGCAGAAACACUAGGGAAAUCCCUCAUGAAGUUUGGCUGUGAUGCAUUUUUACGCAUGACAAACAAUUUUGUAUUGCAAGAAUGCGCGAUGAGUGAUCGUGACGAACUUUUUUUCUUCGAUAUGGUACACGGGAAGCAGCCGCGCCGUGCCCUUUUCCAGCAUGUUCAACCUGCUCCUGCUGUGGUUCGGUGUCAGUGUGCCGCUGGUAUUGAAUAUCUUGACGCACCAUGAUGGGCGGCGAAAUCGUUCUUCAUACAUUUUCGCUGUGGAGUUUUCACUUUUCAGAGAUAGAAAGACAUCAAACCAUGAUCUCUGCUUUCCCCGUCAUGCGCAACCAUACCACGACGGCUAAUGAGUAUGAGAAGUGACAACUUAUUCUUCUUUGAAAAUGUUUUUUCUACCUCGGCACCGCAGGUGUUCUUCGGUGCCUACAUCGGAUACCGGCGAGACACGAUGGAACUCCCCGUCCGCACGAACGCAAUCCCACGUCACGUUCCCCCGCAACCCUGGUUCACAAAACCGCUGAUCACAUCAAUGAUCGGGGGCGUCUUGCCGUUCGGGGCGGUGUUUACGGAGCUGUUCUUCAUUCUGUCGUAUAAAUUUUUCGAAUUUUUCAUUUUCGGUUUCUCGUUGUGCACAUUCCACCAAAAUCUAUCAAACGCGACAAGGUUGGCACCUGGCAUGGGGAAUACCAGUACUCGAAGAUCAACAAUAAAGUCACCGCUUUUAGUACAGAAAAAUGAACACGACCACAGGUCCAUCUGGCAGCACCAGUUCUACUACCUGUUUGGUUUUCUUUUCCUCGUCCUCAUCAUCCUCGUCAUCACAUGCGUGGAAAUUUCCAUCGCCCUGGUCUAUUUUCAGCUCACCUCGGAAGAUUACCACUGGUGGUGGCGGAGUUUUUUCAGCAGUGGCAGCAGCGGUUUCUACGUUUUUCUCUACGCACUGCUCUACAAGGCCACGCGUAUGCAGAUCGACGACUUUAUCCCGUCGUUGGUCUACGUGGGCUACAUGGGCUUGAUGUCCUACGGGUUUUUCCUUCUCACCGGUGCUGUAGGACUCUUGGGGGCCUUCUCCUUCGUGAAAACUAUCUACGGAAGCAUCAAGAUCGACUGAAUGUUGUGUAGCUAGUACAAGCGAAAAAUAACGCAAUUUUUACGAUUCCUCUACAACAACACCUAGUCGUGCACAGGAGUGGAGCUGCGGCAGUGGAGCUGUUUGUUGUGCCUUGCUUUCUUUCAUCUUCUUGCGCAAAAUAGCCAAGGAUGAUUCCUGCAGGAGGUUUCUACUUAUUUUCUUUUCUUUUCAAAUCUUCAUGUUGGAUUAUUGGGUUUAUUGCAGUCGCCUCAUUUAUGUUCUUUUUUCCUGUUGAAGGUUUUGUCCAAAAAAAAAAAAUGAACCAAACCAUGAUCGGAAGAUGUUAGUGUUGAUAUCAGUUGAGUAGCUCCUCUUAAUGUCGGCGUGCAAAUGUACUUGUACUGUUUUCGUCCACUUUGUUCAUCGAGUCAUAGUUGCGCGGCCUAUUUACACCAACCCUCCGGUACCAGAGAGGCGGGCAAGUUGUGACCCGACCACGGAAAAUCGCAACUACAGCAAAAUGACUUUCUUUCUGCGCAUGAUGUGGUGCCGAGAAGAAGGCGAAGAGGAAU